CGGAAGUGAGGAGCUCAGAGCGCUCCGGUGUUUGUGUGUGUGUUUUUCUUUUUCCUGCCCCCCCAACCCCAAAUGUAAAGUAAAUCCGUCUUCAUCCUUUUUUUAACGAUCGUUUUUUAUCAAGAAAACAUCCGGAGCAUAAAACUGACGCUUCUUCCUUCGGGUCGAGCCCGAUAUUGUGACGAUGCGACGCUCGGAAUGUUAGAAAACAAAUGGUGAAAAAAGUGCGAGAAUUAUUGCGAAGGGGGGAGUAUUAGCGUUAGCUUUAGCGUUAGUGUUAGUGUAGCUUAGCUACAGCUGGGGAGAGGGACUUGGGCACUGAAGACGGAGAGAAGAGACGUGUUCUUAUAAUUAUAUGUCUCUAUUUUUGUAGCGUUUUAUCGAUAGAGUUGCGUCCAUUCUUUUAUAUAUAUAUUUUUUGCUUGGUUACAGCUAGCUAGGUUUUUUUUCGCUAGCUUUGUAAGUUUUCCUGUACGAUGGAAUUGAGAGUCGGAAACAGAUACAGGCUCGGGAGGAAAAUCGGCUCGGGGUCGUUUGGAGACAUUUAUUUGGGGACGGACAUCUCGGUCGGAGAAGAAGUCGCCAUCAAGCUAGAAUGCGUGAAGACGAAACAUCCUCAGCUGCACAUCGAGAGCAAGAUCUACAAGAUGAUGCAAGGAGGAGUGGGAAUCCCGACGAUUAAAUGGUGCGGAGCCGAAGGAGAUUACAACGUGAUGGUGAUGGAGCUCCUCGGCCCCAGUCUGGAGGAUCUGUUCAACUUCUGCUCCCGCAAAUUCAGCCUCAAGACUGUUUUACUGCUGGCUGACCAGAUGAUCAGCCGUAUCGAGUACAUCCACUCGAAGAACUUCAUCCACAGAGACGUGAAGCCUGACAACUUCCUCAUGGGUCUGGGGAAAAAAGGCAACCUCGUUUACAUCAUCGACUUUGGCCUGGCCAAGAAGUACAGAGACGCUCGGACGCACCAGCACAUACCUUACAGAGAGAACAAGAACCUGACCGGCACGGCACGCUACGCCUCCAUCAACACACAUUUGGGCAUAGAGCAGAGCAGAAGAGAUGAUCUGGAGUCGCUCGGCUACGUGCUCAUGUACUUCAACCUCGGCUCUCUGCCAUGGCAAGGACUUAAAGCUGCGACCAAGAGGCAGAAAUACGAGAGGAUCAGCGAGAAAAAGAUGUCCACGCCCAUCGAAGUGCUGUGCAAAGGUUACCCAUCCGAGUUUGCGACGUACCUCAACUUCUGCCGCUCCUUACGCUUCGACGACAAGCCCGACUACUCGUACCUGCGACAACUCUUCAGGAACCUCUUCCACAGACAGGGAUUCUCCUACGAUUACGUCUUCGACUGGAACAUGCUGAAAUUUAUCCAGGAAAAGUCGAUGAUUAGAACAGAAGCAGAGAAUGACGAGACGGUUAAAGUGGAAUUAAAGCUCCGAACUGUAGAACCUGUAUAUGGAGCGAACAGAGCAGCGGAGGACGCCGAGAGGGAGAGGAGGGAUCGCGAGGAGCGUUUGAGACACGGCAGGAAUCCGGCAGCCAGAGGAAUGCCCUCGGCCUCCAGCAGACCCCGAGGAACACAGGACGUAGCACCGCCCGCUCCACUCACACCCACGUCCCACACAGGAAUGGAGCGUGAGCGGAAGGUCAGCAUGCGAUUACACCGCGGCGCUCCGGUCAACAUCUCCUCCUCUGACCUGACCGGCCGACAGGACACCUCACGAAUGUCCACGUCUCAGGCUCUGUCCCGCGUCACUCCGAGCGGCUUGCAGUCUGCUGUUCCUCGAUGAGCGUCUGCGCAGCCGCAGUCACUCCGAGCAAAUCAAAGCCACACACAGACUCGACUUUUCUUUUCCGCCACACACACACACACACACACACACGCACACACGGUCUCUCUCUCUCUCUCAUUCUCACGCAGCCACACUGGAAAUCCGAUCGAACAGCCGAGGCACGUCGUCUCCACGUGCUUCUUCACUCUGAUCUACAGAGGGGCGGUUUAAUGACGUUUCUCUGCCUGUCAGUCAUGCGUGGUGGGCGGAGCCAUCACAAAAAAAAAACUCCAGCUUCAGACGGAGCUGUUCUUAACGAUAGCCAUUGAUCUUGUGUUUGUCUGAACUGUUGAUUGAUUUUACAUUUUUAAAUCCUUUUAUUAUUAUUGUUUAUUAACGACGAUUAAACUCAGUUUUCACCA